UGUUGUGCUACCUCCUCCAAUCUGGUUUCAGCUGUUCCGGUAAUUGUCAUCAUAUUCGCGCGCGAAUCGAAACGAGCCAAGUACGGGCCGGUCGAACACAACUUUGAAUAAUCGCAUUGCAUGAUGGAACAUAGUGAUUUUGAGUCGGAAAACACCGAUUUGCUUCGCAAUGGAACAAGCAAUGCUGACGUCGACGCUGAAUUCGAAGACGACGAAGAAGAGAUACAAAUGUCCUCACAAGAGGUCCUGGAAGCUCUUCAGCGAGCUUGGAUAAAUGAAAAGUUUGCUCCCGACCUGCUGCCUUAUGAAGACGCUCUGGUGGAAAUGGUCAUGAUACAGCUUGUGCACAUGGAGGAAAAUCUGGCCACGGCAAACAAGAACGAUCUGCUCUACAUCGUACACCGGAUGGAGGUGGAAAGGAUUAGGUUCAUAGUGGCAAGCUAUCUGCGCUGCAGACUGCAAAAGCUAGAAACAUACGCGCCACACAUUAUCGAAGUGGAGUCUGGUAGGCCACGCAACUCUAAACGCCUGUCGGCUGCUGAGCAUAAGUUUGCCGUAGAUUUUCACGAGAGCGUUGAAACCCAUUUCAACGAGCUAGUCACUCGCCACAUGCCACAAAACCACCAAGACGAUGAACGGGCGCGCCGGGUGAUUCCCAACCUGGAUACGCACGUGUUUGCCCGAGCCAGGCAGGAUGUCGGAGAAUAUUCAUUGGCCGGUGGUGAGCUUUCCGUCAACAUACGGGCCGGAGCGGUGCAUCUGUUCAGGUAUUGCGAUAUUGAACCAUUAAUAAUAGAGGGUCAGCUGGAAUUAAUUUAGCAUGCGCCACGGAACACGACCCAGCAUGCCUUUCAGCGUAUGUAGGCCAAAGGGAGUCAGAGGAUUGUUUGUAUUGCACAAUAUGGUUGCUAUGGCAAUGUUAGGGUAGUUGCGUCGUAACAAAAAUACUUUUUCUACCUUCGUGUCUGAGUAAACAGUGGCCAAAGUGAUACAAAUUAUUUGUGAGGAAAAGUCGUGUCGAUCAGGAAUGAAAAUAAAAUAAGUAAUUGUCAGCAAAGCACAAGGCGCGGCGCAAAUAAUACAA